CUUUUGUUUAAUCGCGUAUCGAGAUAAGGCGAUGGCACUUGUGUGUAGAGACACUGUGCUCUGAUCGAGAUGGAGACGCGAUUAUUUUGAAUCCAGUUCGCUCCUCUGUGCAUCCAGGCUCUGGUUAUUAUUGAUUUCGAGGCGAUGAACACGAAGGUUUUCGAAAAGAAAUCGUGAAAAGUGUGCACCGGAUUCUCUGUGAAUGGAAAAGAUUGAAGUUUCGUAAAUUCUUCGAUCGAAGAGGAACACGCGUGAAGAAUUCGAAAGAGUUUGUAGAAGGAAAUAUUUAGGUAUAUAUAGAAUAUGAACAAAUUCUGAGAGAUAGAUAUCAGGUUUUUAGAUUGGAAUAUAAAUAUAUAUAUGUGUGUAGAAUUUGUUGACGAAGAUUUUGAUCGUGGUUGUAGUUUUUUAUUCGUUUAAUUAAAUUGAGAAGAUUUUUGAAAGGAUGAGAAUGACGGACGAGAAGGAUUUGAACGAGGUAUUGUGCGUGAAGAAUGUGGUGAAGACGAUAAAUAAAAAUGAGAAGAACAAUGAUAAUGAUAAUUCGUUGGAAACGAAGGUUUACAAGAAACGAUGGCUGAUUCUCAGUUUAUUUAUCGUGUACACGGGAAUGAGCAACUUCCAGUGGAUUCAAUAUUCUAUAGUCAGCAAUAUAGUGAGGAGGUACUAUGGCGUCUCUUCAUUGGCUGUCGAUUGGACAGCAAUGGCAUUUAUGGCUUAUUACCUGAUUUUCAUCUAUCCUGCCACGUACAUGGUGAACCGAUGGGGACUUAGAUGGAGUAACAUUAUAGGAUGUUGUGUCACGUGCCUUGGUUCGUGGAUUAAGGUUUUAUCUGUCAGUCCUGACAGAUUUUGGGUCACUUUCAUUGGACAAUCGUUGGUUGCUUCUACACAGACUAUAAUUCUAACGUUACCCGGACGGCUGGCAGCGCAAUGGUUCGCCGCCGACGAACUUUCCACGGCCACGUCGUUAAGCAUUUUUGGCAACCAAAUGGGGAUAGCUUUAAGUUUCUUAAUUACACCGAUAAUCGUGAAAAAUCACGAGAAUCUGGACGAUAUUGGCGCUGGCUUGUCGCAUCUAUUUUGGGGCGUAGCUAUCAUCUUGACAGUUGCGCUUAUAUUGAUCGUAAUACUAUUCGAGGACGAUCCAGAAAUACCACCGAGUAAAACACGAGCUCUUCAAAAAUUGAAUGAAAUGCAGGUCGAGGAAAGUUUGAUAGAACCAAUUAAGAGAUUGUUCAAGAACAAGUAUUAUAUGUCUCUUUGCAAUUCGUAUGGUUUGAGUAUCGGUGUUUUGAACGUCGUGGGAACAUUGUUGAAUCAAAUAUAUCUCGUGCAUUUCGAGAAUGGUGAGGAAGACGCGGGUAGAAUCGGUUUGGUCAUGAUCAUUACAGGGAUGAUAGGUUCUGUCAGUUUUGGAGUGAUUCUCGAUAAAACGCAUAAGUACAAGGAAACGGCUGUGGUCGUGUAUUUUCUCUCGCUCGGCGGCCAGAUAUUCUUUUCUACCUUCACGUUCCUCGAAAUGAAAUGGAUGGUGUAUUUGGGCUCCGUUUUUCUAGGGUACUUCUUAGUCGGAUACGUGGCCUUAGGAUACGAAAUGUGCGCGGAAUACACGUAUCCGGAAUCCGAGGGGAUAACGGCGGGAAUUUUGAACGUGGCUAAUAACGUUUACGGGAUUGUUCUCAUUCUGAUAAUGGGUCGGUUGCUCGAGGUAUACGGGGAUAUUCCGGUGCACGUGGGCCUUUGUAUAGCGCUGCUCAUCGGCUUUAUCAUGACCUUGCUGACGAAGGACGUGCAAAGGCGUCAGGAUGCCAGAAAUAGUGUCCAUUACGUCGGUGUUGAACAGAGUGAUAAGAGCAAUGAGCGCAAUAGACUCGAGAAAAAUUGAUUCGCUCUUAACUACCGUGUAUUAACGUGACAUGUUGUUUCAACUUUCGAAUAUGGGGGUGGAAGAGAUGUUGCAAGGUUAUUAUAAUAAUGCCUGGUUAAAUGCGUGAUUGGAAACGGAUUGAUGGAUUUCGUGAGGAAAUCGAAGAGGAAGAAAAAUUGGUGAGGAUAAUUUUGUGACAGUUAACUAUGCAUUAUUAUAAAUUUAAUCCUCGAAUAUAACUUUGCUACAUGUUUUCCAUAUUUUUUUGUAAUGAUCCAUAUCCUAUAUUUCAUCAAUGACAAUUGUAUACAGGGUAAAUAAAAUAAUUUGAUUUUCAAUAAUAUUAAAGAAUAUUUUAAAUUAAAAUUGAAUUGUGCAGACAGCAAUGUAGAGAUAUGAAGAUCAAGUUUGUUUUUUAAAUGGAAUCACAUAAUUUUGAAUGUGUUAAUAUAAUAUUGAUUUCUAUUUUUUUAUUUGCAAAAAGUUAUUUAUACUUUAUCUCGAGAAGAAAAUUUUCAAUAAAAUGAUUCAUAUGGAUUGGAAGAGUUCAUUGUCAUGAAAGGAUUAUUAUUAGACUGCAUUUAUACAAGAAAUUUAAAUACACACAAAAUAUAAAAUAUACACAUAACAUUUUCUUAGUAUUUGUAAAAAUAUGAAUUUGAAAUGAACAUUUGCAGUUUAUUUCAAUUAUAAAUAUCAUUAUAAUAAAGAUACUCUUCUUUUUAUACAUUUGUAUAUAGACAACUCUGCGAUGUUUGAGUGAAAUAAUUAUUGUGAAUGACUGCAUGGACGAUAGAAGAUGUAAUAAAUAUAUCUAAAGGAAGUAAAUGUAAUUAAUGAGAAAGAAAUUUUAAUAAAUGUCUGUGAAAACAUGGA